GCCGAGGCCCCGCCCCCUGAGCCUGGGUAACGGCGUGCGGAGUUUGUGCUUGGCGAGCUGUUGGACAACAAACGAGUUGGGAUGGCCACCAGCUGGGGGAGCAUCUUGCAGGAUGAGAAGCAGCUUGAAGAGUUGGCGCGGCAGGCCAUAGACCGGGCCUUGGCUGAGGGCGUGCUGCUGAGGACUGCGCAGAAUCCCAGCUCCUCGGACGUGGUGACCUACGCCCCGUUCACGCUCUUCCCCUCACUCGUCCCUAGUGCUCUGCUGGAGCAGGCCUAUGCUGUGCAGAUGGAUUUCAACAUGCUGGUGGAUGCUGUCAGCCAAAACGUGGCCUUCCUGGAGCAAACUCUGUCUAGCACCAUCAAAAAGGACGACUAUACUGCCCGUCUCUUUGACAUCUACAAGCAAGUCCUGAAAGAGGGCGUUGCCCAGACUGUGUUCCUGGGCCUGAACCGCUCAGAUUACAUGUUCCAGUGCAGUGCAGAUGGAUCCAAAGCCCUGAAACAGAUUGAAAUCAACACCAUCUCUGCCAGCUUUGGGGGCUUGGCCUCCCGGACUCCUGCUGUGCACCGACAUGUUCUCAACGUCCUGAAAAAGACCAAAGAAGCUGCCAAGAUCCUCUCCAAUAAUCCCAGCAAGGGCCUGGCCCUGGGGAUCGCCAAAGCCUGGGAGCUCUAUGGCUCAGCUAAUGCUGUGGUACUACUGAUCGCUCAAGAGAAAGAAAGGAACAUAUUUGACCAGCGUGCCAUAGAGAAUGAGCUACUGGACAGGAACAUCCAUGUAAUCCGGCGAAGAUUUGAAGAUGUUGCUGAAAGGGGUUCCCUAGACCAGAACCGAAGGCUGUUCAUGGAUGACCAGGAAGUUGCUGUGGUUUACUUCCGAGAUGGCUACAUGCCCAGUCAGUAUAAUCCACAGAACUGGGAAGCACGCCUACUGCUAGAGAGAUCAUGUGCUGCCAAGUGUCCGGACAUUGCCACACAGCUGGCUGGGACCAAGAAGGUGCAGCAGGAACUGAGCAGGGUGGGCCUGCUGGAAAUGCUGCUCCCAGGCCAGCCUGAGGCUGUGGCCCGCCUCCGUGCCACCUUUGCUGGCCUCUAUUCAUUGGACAUGGGUGAAGAAGGGGACCGGGCCAUUGCUGAAGCCCUUGCUGCUCCUAGCCACUUUGUGCUGAAGCCCCAGAGAGAGGGUGGAGGUAAUAACCUGUAUGGGGAGGAAAUGGUGCAAGCUCUGGAGCAGCUGAAGGACAGCGAGGAGAGGGCUUCCUACAUCCUCAUGGAGAAGAUUGAGCCUGAACCUUUUGGGAAUUGCCUCCUGCGGCCUGGCAGCCCUGCCUGCGUGGUCCAGUGCAUCUCAGAACUGGGUAUUUUUGGAGUCUAUGUCAGACAGGGAACGACCCUUGUGAUGAACAAGCACGUGGGGCACCUGCUUCGCACCAAAGCCAUUGAGCACGCAGAUGGAGGCGUGGCUGCAGGAGUAGCAGUCCUGGACAACCCCUACCCUGUGUGAGGCACAUCCUGAACUUCACUUGAGACCUUCUGUCCCCUGUGCUUGGCAUUCCUCUCCUAAUUCCUGAGGGUCUACCCCUGUCCCCACCUUAAGGAAGCUUGUCUCUUCUGUAGACCUCCAGGGUCUUCAGGGAAGGAAAAAUCUGUGUACUUUCUCUUGGCCUUCUGUCUGAGGACUAUAAAAGCUAUGAUUCUGGAGGUCCCCAGAUCUUGGAGAGUGUGGGGAGAAGCUGCUUGAGGUAAAGGCCAUAAGCCCUGCAGGUCUUCAUUACCCUCUCGUGAGCCUUUCCAGGGGUUCCAGUGCCUGGCUUGGAGUAGGACUGAGGAGCGGGGGAGAAGGGCAUAGACUUUCCCCAGCUCUGCCCUAAAUAAAGCAACAAUGCUGA